GUAACGGGUUUUUUUUUUUUAAUAUUUGGAUGUAUGAAUGGAUGUGUAAUUAAAUCAGAAGAAGAGAAGCUCCUCAUUCCUUCACACAGUGAGAUUCGGUGUGAACUGAUAAGUCCUUUCUUUAUUUCGCCGUUUCUUGCCUUUUAUAAAAGUGCCGGCUGCUUAUUGUGCGGAGUGAUCUGAUAGGGACUACACCCAGCAGCAGCCGCCGCCGCCGCAGCCGCUGUUGUUACUGCUGCCACCGCCGCCUCAUUGCCCUGGCUUUUUUUUGCUACCCCAGCCUUGACGUUGCCUAACGUCGAAGUGCGGGUUUGAUUGGAGACUCUAAAUUCGUCUGUAUUUUUUCCUCCCUCCCACCCGUUGGAAAACGAUUUUCUUCCAAAGCCGCAGUGAAAAGAUUUGUUCAGAUUUUGUUCUGUGUGUGAAUAGCACCAAUUGGUUCAGAAUGUCUUGGCAAAGCUACGUGGAGAACCUGAUGGCCGAUGGCAGCUGUCAAGAUAGCGCCAUUGUUGGGUAUACGGACGCCAAAUAUGUUUGGGCAGCACAUGCCGGCGGUACAUUCAACAAUAUCUCGACUCAAGAAAUUGACACCCUUAUCGGGAAGGACAGGGAGACCUUUUACACCAGUGGUCUCACUUUAGGUUCAAAGAAAUGUUCUGUGCUCAGAGACAGCCUUCAGAACGAUGGCGACUGGACAAUGGACAUCAGGACAAAGAGCCAAGGAGGAGAGCCUACAUACAACAUCUCUGUGGGAAGAGCUGGAAAAGUUUUGGUUCUUGUAAUGGGCAAAGAAGGGGUCCAUGGAGGUGGAUUGAAUAAGAAGGCUUACUCAAUGGCAAAAUACUUGAGGGAUUCAGGAUUUUAAUGUUUUCAAGCUCAAACAGAUUAAAGAAAAUUGAUGGACAAAAAAAAAGAAGAGAAAAGAAAUCUCACUGUAAACAUUUCUCUUGCAAGCAGUCAAAUGUCUUGGAAACUUUUUAAUAGCAAUGAAGAGUGGUAAGAUACUGUGUCACCUUUUCCCCACCCCCCCGUUCGUCCUGAAGGGGGGGAGGACUCUUCAGUUUUAUUCAUUUCUCUUUUUUUCCUUGUGCUCCAGUUUUGGUUUUUUUAAUGGGAAAGGAGGGUACCCAUGGUGGAACUCUUAACAAGAAAGCAUUUGGAAUGGCGGACCACCUGAGGAAGUGUGGAUACUGAGCAACCUCUCGCUCAUUCAUCACUUUUGCAGCUCGCUCGCCCGCACUCAGCCACAUUGCGUCGACUGUACUCCCAGCAUUAGACAACAUACAAAGUUACUUGCUCUGAAGUCUACUUUUUUUUCUUUCUUUUUUUUUUUUUUUACUGUACACUCGCCAUAACCUUUGUUCUCUCUUUUCCUCAGCACUGUACCCCUCAUAUUUUGGGCAUGGCAUGUUUUUGCUAUAAAAUAUGUAAUAAAAGUGUUAUAUUCACAGAGCAACUGACAAAUAUUUCAUGGGAAAAACAUGUAUUGCUGCGUUAACCUCCCUACUUUAUUAAAUUCAGCCCCCUACCGUCAGCAUGUGGGCGUUUAAAAUUGCAUGCAUUACCCCUUUUGAGUCGUAGCAUAGUAUUUGAGCCAAAACAUUCUUCCCAGCUGCCUCCAGGUCUUCAUAGCUUCUACUCAAGAAAUGAUAACAUGUUCUCCGGCACAAUGUGUCAACCGACCGCGAGGCGCGGCCUCUUCGACCAACAUCACCCAUGCUUUUUGCUGUUGUACCUGAAUGUGGUCUUAAAAGAUAAUAAUGUGCUGUUGGGCUGUAUUAUUAUUGUUUGUUUGUUUUGUUUUUCUUUCAAUUCGGAAUGAACCUGUAGAAGAUCGGCAAUUUCUGAAACCUCAAGAUCUUAUCAAGGUACUUCCACUAGUUUCUGGAUUCACAUUGGACAUUCCACCUCUGUCCGUAUGGACACUUGUCAAUCAACUCCUGCUACAUGUACGUUUUGCUGUAAAAUCACUACACACACGGGGGGGCUGUGACAGUUCCCCAACCUCAUUUUUUUGGACCAGUUGUCAGUGUAAGAGGGAUAUCAUCAUAACACUAUUUUUUUUUUCCUCUCUGAUGGAUGAUUGUUGACUGUAAAUUAUUGACAGCUUCAGAUGACUGUAAAACACCUAACCGCUUACUUAGACUUUAUACGACUUUUUUUUUUUUUUUUGCCACUUAUUCAAUUGUAGUUAACAACAUGACCAUUAACCAAUGAAACUGCAAUGUCAUUUUACUACAGUAUGAAUGCAUUUCUGUCUGUAUAACCCAGAUCUUGUGCUUUAGUCUUCAAAUGUGUUUCACCAAAUGUCAAGAGUAUGGUACCUUCAAGUAUAUUAAAAAGAGAAGAAAAAAAAAGUUGUAAAAAAAAAAUAACGUGUCGAAAUGGUGUUGGUUGGAAAAAGAUCAUUUGUAAGUUGUCUUGUGAAACUUUUUCUGAGAAUAACUGUUAUCUGUGCCAUAAAAAAAUAGUCGAUCUGAUCUGUUGCUACUAUGAGUUGGAUUUUUAGGAUGCCCCAACAAGAAGUAACUUUCAUUGGCACUUUCCUGAGGGAUAUUUAGGCAUCGGUCAUCUCCAGACUUUUGUGGAAUAUGUACAGAAUUAAACCUAAAAAAAAAAGACUAGUAAGUGUCUUUACUUCCCCCAUUGAGAUUCGUGUUCUACAACAAAAUCUGCUCUUUCAAAUGCCAUGAAUUGAUGAAUCGUGUUUACGGACAGAUCAAAUAAAAGAAAUUCCAACCAAAGGUUAA